GCCAUCGCGGCGGACCGGAGGCGCCAUGGGGCCGGCGGGAGGGCGGCACGGCUUUUACGUGGGGCUCGGGUUGGCUUUGGCUUCCAGCGUCUUCAUCGGGGGCAGCUUUAUCCUGAAGAAGAAGGGGCUGCUCCGCCUGUGCGCCCGCGGUCGUCCCAGGGCAGGGCACGGAGGGCACGCGUACCUGCGGGAGUGGCUGUGGUGGGCAGGGCUGCUGUGCAUGGGAAUUGGAGAAGCAGCAAAUUUUGCUGCCUAUGCCUUUGCCCCUGCAACGCUGGUAACUCCGCUGGGUGCUCUGAGUGUCCUCGUUAGUGCGGUUCUGUCUUCCACCUUCCUGAAUGAGCAGCUGAAUGUUCAUGGCAAGAUUGGCUGUGUCCUAAGCAUCCUGGGCUCCACAGUGAUGGUAAUCCACGCUCCUCAGGAAGAAGAGGUUUCCAGCCUGGAGUCGAUGGCAGAGAAGCUGAAAGAUCCAGGAUUCAUUGUGUUUGCUGUGUGCGUCCUGGUGAGCUCCCUCCUGCUCAUCUUUGUGGCUGGACCCCGUUACGGACGGAGCAACGUCUUGGUUUAUGUUUUGGUCUGCUCUGCCAUCGGCUCACUUUCUGUAUCGUGUGUCAAAGGCUUGGGGAUUGCCCUGAAAGAACUGUUUGCUGGGAAGCCAAUCCUGAAAGAACCGCUGGGCUGGGUGCUUCUGGUGUGCCUGGUGAUCUGCAUCAGCGUGCAGAUCAACUACCUGAACAAAGCCCUGGAUAUCUUCAACACAUCCGUGGUCACUCCCAUUUACUAUGUGCUGUUCACCACCUCAGUCAUGACAUGUUCUGCCAUCCUCUUCAAGGAGUGGCAACACAUGGUGCUAGACAACAUCAUUGGCACCAUCAGCGGCUUCCUCACCAUCGUGUCCGGCAUCUUCCUCCUUCACGCCUUCAGGGACGUGCCCUUCAGCCCAGACCUCCUGCCCCUCUUCCUGCAGCAAGGCAGGGCAGACCUGCGCACGGCAUGGAGGGGCAUGGACAGACAUCAGUCGUGUCAGCACCAGCCUCUUCUGCCCUCCGAGGACAAAAGCUCUCAGAGCACAGAAGAGGAGGAAGGUGAAAGUGUAUGAGGGAGCUUCUGAAGUGCUGUCAGCUCCAGCCAGCGAGCAGCUCCACAAGGUGCAAGGUUGAACGUGCUGCAUUGGAUGCUGCUAGGUACUUUGGUGUGUGCAGAGCUAGCAGUUGCUUUCUGCCUGCCUUGGGUGUGUGAUCAGUGUGACCUCACACUGUCUGGGAGCUGGCAGGGGCUGCAUCCUUCCUGUAACAUCCUUCAUUGUUACAGACACGAGUGCUGAGAACUUCCCUGCUGCCAGGACCCAGUGCCUCUCCAGCUUUCGUGAGGGAUUGAUCUGCCCUUGCCAGGAUCUGCUUGGUUGCACAGAGGCCUGCAGCACUAACACGGUGCUAAUAACCCUUACUGAAGACAAAGGCUGGGGAAGCCUCUGAGCAUUUUUUUUUAAGAAUACUUAGAUUAUUUUGUCCCUGUUAAUCUUCUAAUGUGGUGCUGAUAUGAUGUGGAUAGAAGACAAGUGCCUGCCCUUAAGGAUGACAUACCCAGAGUGGUACUUCAAAAAUUCUUCUGUAAACUGCUGGUUCGGCUCACUGUUAGAAUUUAUUUACAGGUUCACAUCCAAGAUAAGAAUACAGCCAAGACUGGAGAACUUCAGUGGUGCUGCCCUGUGAUGUUCUGGCUCUUACAGAGGGGAUCAUGCAGCAUCUGUUGUGCAGGCUGAUGAUGCACCUGCAUACAGCAUUAAAGCCAGCAGUGUUCAGUUACCAGGAAGCUGGAGAUGCGUUUGUACCAGGAGCUGGGCCAGCACAGAGGGGCAUGAAGGACUGCAGGGGUAGGAGGAAUGAUGCGGGUGCCUGAGAGAAACUCAGGGCAGAGAUGGAAGGGAGAAUGGUUCACAGUGGGGACAGGAGGGACCUAACAGUCUUUAGCUAUUGAGGUAAGCUUUGGAAAGAUGGGCAGAUAGCUGUAUCCUUGCAGGUUAGUAUAUGCAUAGCUCUAUUUAACUCAUUCUGAAUCACUCCUAGGAAGGCUGCUGGCUACAAGACACCCGUUAGAUGCUGCACACACCCCAUCCAGCCACCCAUGGCAAACUGUCAUGCACAGAACCACUUUGUGAGGUUUCUCUGUGAGAGCUCCAAGCCACAUGUUAGUUACGUGGGUCACUCUGUGUUUCCCACAGCCAGGCUGUCUGCAAACAGCGCUGAAACACUGCGUUUCAGAAGGUGAGUUAAUAGGUGCUGGUUGUUUUUCCAGUUAGAAGCUCUGUGUAAUUUCCUAGGGGCAAAAGUCCAGAAGACACAGCCGCAGGCUGCCCUCCAGUAAUCCCCACAAAUAAAGGUGCAGGUAGUUACAAAGCAGCUGCCUAUAUUUUUCGUGUGCUUGGGCUCUCUGUAAAAACUAUACAAGGAAGCAAGUUCUGUUAACCCUUAAGGGAGGAAGGGGAAAGGCCACAAAUGUGAGCUUUGAUUCAUAGGACCAAAUAUGUUGAGCAACAAAUCAGAAUUCACAGCAGGUUGCCUACCCAGAGCACAAUUAUUCCCCCUCUCUUCUAAUUUUGCAAAUAAAUAAAAUCACCGUGAAGGAGAAGGAAUUACAA